CAACAAGACACCACAGCACAAGAUGCUACUGCCUCUGCACUUCUCGCGUAUCAGAGGUGGUGAGCCUGGCGAAAGACUUGGAAUGGAGGGCGUCAAAGCCAGUUUAGGACGGCUACCGUUUGACAAGCAUGAAGUGCAUGUCUGUUACUGGUCACAUCAGCCAUACCUGUCUUUUCCUGUGUAUACUGAAUCGUCGGAGAUCGUAGUCUGGUCUAAGAAAUCGCGGAAAUAAUGGCCUGGAAGUUGCGGGCCGUGCAGCAAGCAGGUCUCUGUGACCCUGGACAGCCUACUUGGACCAUGGCAGGCUCGCGUGACAAGACACACUUCUCCAGUGAAAGACGGAGGUCUAUGGAUUUCUCUGCUGCACAGCGGCCCGGAGCGUCUGCCUCAAUCCACGUCGAUGCCUGCCACAAUGCUCGCGAAGCUGCCGACUUCGAGAUGUUGCGAAACUUCAUUGGUCCUGUCCUCAUGCCUCUCGCCAUUGCGGAUCAGGAUCGAAACUUGCCGGAUUUGCUUGAGUAUGGCGAUAUCUACCUCAACGACAGUGCGACUGAGGAGGGGCCGCUGAAAUACGGAAUCUCACUUCAGACAGCAUCAUUCAUGACAACCGCACACUUGAACAUUCUUCGAUUGGCUGACAUGUGCAUGUCUGAGCACGCGUCCCAUGCAACAAGAUGCACGAAUACUCCCAUGGACAGAAACGCGUAUCGAAAGGCUCUAUACAUCUGGGACGCUCUCGACAUGAUUUUCGAUCAGCGCCGCGAUGUUCAAUUCUACGAAAAAGUGUGGUUGGGGCUUUGGGGCCACUUCACGCCAUGGGAGUUCCUUCAGGUGAAGGCUCUACUGAAGUGCCAGGUCACUGUCAUUCUCCGCAAACUUGCUCAAGAUAGUGCGGCAGUGACUGAGUACCGUUGUCGAUCUCUGAUCAUGUAUAUACUCCAGAACACCUAUCUCGUUAGAGAGGAGUUUGAGGAUGACGACUUUGCCGACACUCUCGUAUCUUCAACGGCCUGGACGUUCAGAAGAGAUGGACUUCUCCCUGUCAUGAGCGGGCUGUGCACCAGACAGAUCCAUAACUAUCUUCAUGGAAGAAAAAGUCCUCAAGAUUUCGCUCAGUAUCUCUUCGAAGCUCUACUCAUAGAUCAGGAGUAUACGAGACAACAGCUGUCACGCAUCCUGAACCACAGUCCUCUAGGACCGUGGUCUACAAAGCUGCAGGCGUGGGAAGACCCAUUGAUCGGGGUCAACGCCAUGUGCCCUCCUGAGACUUUGGCGAGGUUCAAGUGCAGCACAGAUGCACCAGGGCCACGAGAUUUGUGGUUCUGGAGAUGCAUUGCCAAUUCUGUGUACAUUGCAUGGAAUGAAACUUUCGCAGAGCUCGCAACACAGUGGCAGCGAGAGUAUCCGGGUGACAUUCCCGAUGCUUACUGGUUCUGGACGCGUGAGGAGUGGGACCAGCAUCCGACUCUGAGACUGCCGACACUGACGGAAAUGAUGCAACACCUUGAGGUGUCAGAGGAGAUUGCAAAAAGCACCUGA